AUAACACUUGCAGGGGCGCUGAGCUUGUGGCGUCUCACAAAGCUUCUCAGUAGGUUUGUCCGUCCUCAAUCAUGAGCAGGACCAACAUGAUUGAGUAGCUUGAUCUUUCCUGCCGUUGAAAAGCGGAACACUUUCUGGGGCCUUGGACGCUAAGCUAUAUUGAUGCUGUCGAUACUGAUCUUAAGUGAACACUCUUCAGCUGCCAGCUGUCAGUGCAUGUGCUGCCAGCAUUUGCUGCCAGUGACAUAUCUGCAGAAGCACUAAAUACGGCUGCAACUAGCUACAGCUGGCUAAAGCAGCUGCAUCAUGUGAAGCUUCCUCGUCCUACUACAGGUACACUGCAAUAUCCCAGCUGUGACUCAUAUUGAGUGCAAUCUGCGCUUGAAGAAACCAAACAGGUCUCCUGCCGCAUUCGAAUCAUUAAGGGGAUCAUCAACCCCCUCAGUAGCGCCAGAAUAGGCUUCUGUUCAGCUUCCACUCUUCCAGCAUCAAGUCCCUGCACUCUCCACACCUUUCAUAAAAAUAGCUCCAUCCUCCCGCCAAAAAAUGAAGCCAGCUCCAGCUCAACCGCUGGCCUUCGCACUUCUGGUCGCACUCGCCUUGCUCGGUGCGCCUGCAUUUGCUGCACGCACGUUGCACCAAGCUCCAACUACUCCAAAGCCCGCAUUGGUGUUCGAGACCGCCAGUCCUUCAACUAGACCGGGGGUCCAGAUCCUGGGCGGCCUUAUAGGCGGACCCUGGGAAGAUCCCAGGAUCCCACACCAUGAUUACCACACUUGUCCCGUUGACACUGGGUUUCUGCCGUGGGGUACAUUGCCCGAUGGGACGGGACAGUGUGGCAAGACGUACCCCGUCGCCGAGAUUAACGGAGACGUUCUCUCUGGGGACGAAUCAGGAGAGCCGAUAACGGAGGUGUUCACGCUCCGAACGGACACAAACGGCGCGCAAAAUGGCGCCGAUCUCUCGAACUGCUUCGGACUCAUGGAAGGGUUUCUGACGACGAUUGCCGGCGGGCAGACGUCCUCUGCCACGUCCUAUCUCAAGUCUGACGUCACGCUGACCAACGACUAUGCCGGGCAGACUAUCACGGGGCCCCAGGCGGUGGCGGAGUGGUUCGCGUCGCACUUCGGCAACCGGCCAAGUCCGUCCGUCAAGGUGUACGAUUUCUCUUGGGAAGAACAUCAGCCAGAUUACAUCCAUUGGGGGCUCGGCAUGACUGUCCGAGCGGAAACGGAUACUCAAGUGAUCAAGUUUGCUACUCAUUGGGACAUUCGUACCUUACCAAAAGUCCUUGAUAAAGUCUUUGCGGUUCGGGUUGUGGACAAGUAGGAUUUGAUGCAAUGUUCGGACCUAGAUAGUUGAGACGAUAGUGCUAGUAUCGUAAUUAAAGCGAUGCUGAUUACCCGUUGCAAUAUACUAAGCUUUUUUCGCUACCGUGCAUAGGUGAGCUCUCAAACGCGGAUCACUUUAUACAGAUCGUGCAGCAAACAACCGGCGUCGACUGCAGAGGUCUUGCAUGUCAAUAAUCGUUUCAGUGGAUAUUUUUUUGCAC